CCACCAAACCAUCUUCACGACUUCACCUCCGCCGGCGCCGCCGCCACCAGUCCACCACCGCCGGAACGCCAUGGUGGUCGUCUCCCACCUGCGAGCGGCCCUCUCCCGCAUCGUUCGCUCCCCAUCCCGCCUUCCAGCCUCCCCGUACGCCCCUCCCCUCGUCUUCCCCCACCGUCCCCUCCCCUCUUCCGCCGCCGCCGCGUCCUCUUCCGACUCCUUCUCCAUGAAGGACUACCUCGUCUCCCGCUGCGGCCUCACCCAGGCGCAGGCGCUCAAGGCCGCUGCGAGGCUAUCCCACCUCCGGUCCCGCGCCAAGCCCGAAGCCGUACUCACCUACCUAGAGAGUACCCUCGGCGUCCCCUCCGCCGACGUCAGGAGGGUCGUCGUCAUCGACCCAAGCUUCCUCUGCUCCAACGUGGAACAAACCCUGGCCCCGCGCGUUGCCGACCUGCGCGACCUCGGCCUGUCGCGGGACGAAAUCGCGCGCGUCGUCCUCCUCGCCCCCAACUCCUUCCGUUCCAGGUUCCUCCGUGGCAAUGCCGAGUUCUGGCUGGCCUAGCUUGGAUCCGUCGACAGGCUCCUGCAGGUUCUUAGGUGGUGCUCCGCCCUUCUCACGAGGGAUCUCGACAAGAGUGCCAGGCCCAACGUGGCGUUCCUCCGGCAAUGCGGCCUGGACAUUUCUAAGGUUGAUUGUGCCACUAAGUUCUCCACUCGGCUGUUCACCAUGAACCUGGAGCUUUUCAAGGAGACUGUCCAGCGAGUAGGAGUUGGGCAUAGAUCGUGGCGCGAGGAUGUUCCGCCACGCGCUUGUUAUACCUGCUCUUACUAGCAAGGAGGUUGUCGCUAGGAGAAUACAGCUAUUACAAAGCGUUGGGUUCUCGAAGGAUGAUGUGCUGGAGAUGGUGAGGAAGCAACCUCUCGUUCUGGGUAUGUCUGAGAAAAAGCUUCAGGGAAAUAUGGAUUUCUUGGUGAGGGAUGUCGGUCUUGGGGUACCAUAUAUUGCGCGAAGGCCAGCACUACUCACGUAUAGUGUUGAGCGGCGAUUGUUGCCCCGCCAUAGCUUGCUUAAAGUUCUCAAGGCGAAGGAACUGUUGAAGGAUGACCUGGACUACUAUGCUACUGCCAUGAUGGGCGAGAAGUUUUUUUGUGGAAAAGUUUGUGCAUCCUUUCGAAAAACAAGUCCCAGGCCUCAUUGAUGGCUAUGCCUCCAAAUGCUUGGGGAAGGUGAUGAAUGGAAUUGCAUAGUCAAAAGACUGAAUUGGAUGUUUUUGCUGAAGUCAUGGAAAGGACAAACAGCAGUCAUUGUUGCUGAGCAGUCUAAACAAUAAGCACAUGCAGG